UGGUUAUUCUUUCUAGUCUAAAUAAUUGAGCAAUUGUGCUUUCGAUUUUUCAUUAAAAUCGUUUCUUGCUAGCUACAUUACUUUUCAACACGAUAUCAUAACGUUGUCACACGUGGAUACUACUGCCGUUAGUUAGCUAAUUUGCUAAUUCCUAGCUUAGCUACCGUUUGUUAGCAAGGACAUUUUCGUUGUCAUAUAAGGUUAGCUUUUUGCGUUAGACACGACCGUUCAUGUGUGAACGUAUAGUGUGAGAUUCGAUGCCUCCUGCAAGCAAACGGGCGAGAAAAGAGGACUCGCCGCUGGAGUUGGCGUGUGAGUGGGGGUCCUGCCAAGAGUCGUUCGAUCGGAUGCAGGAGUUCUGCGAGCAUGUGGAGGGUCACCUCAAGGCGCUGGACAUAGAGGACGGGGGAAAUUACUCAUUUGAGGAGCACAGCUGUCUAUGGAAAGAGUGUGGGUUCUGCUCUGUGGAGAGUGCUGAGGAGUUUAAGCGCCACGUCUAUUUCCACUGUUACCACACCAAGCUGAAGCAGUGGGGCCAGGGGGUACUCAAGGCCCAGCCCAGCAUCGACACCUGCACCAUUGGCCUCCACAACCGCAACAUCGUGCCUGACAUCACAGACAACUUCAUCUGCCAGUGGGAGCAAUGUGAGCAACCCUCCCUUGCCAACCCAGAGUGGUUCUACCGCCAUGUGGAGAUGCACAGUAUGUGUAUGGAUGUACCCUCUGCUGAUAAGGAGCUCCUGGUGCGCUGUGGCUGGAAGGACUGCGAGGCCACGUUUAAAGGGCGUUUUAAGCUGCGGGAGCACCUGCGGAGCCACACUGGGGAGAAGGUGGUGGCCUGCCCAAUCUGCGGAGGGAUGUUCGCCAACAACACCAAGUUCUUUGACCACAUCAGGCGGCAGACCACCAUCGAGGGUCAGAGGUUCCAGUGCUCCCACUGCUCUAAGCGCUUUGCAACAGAGAGACUACUGCGGGACCACAUGAGGAAUCAUGUAAAUCACUACAAGUGUCCAUUGUGUGACAUGACCUGCCCGUCCCCCUCCUCACUGCGGAACCACAUCAAGUUCCGCCAUAGCAACGAGAAGCCUUACAGCUGUGAAUACUGCGAGUACAGCUGUAAGAACCUGAUCGACCUUCGUAAACACCUGGACACCCACAGCACUGAGCCGGCCUACCGCUGUGACUUCAGCAACUGUGACUACACCACACGCUCACUGCACUCCAUCAAGAACCACUACAAGAAAGUACACGAGGGAGAUUUUGUGGCUCGCUACAAGUGUCAUGUCUGUGAGCAGUGCUUCACUAGGGGAAACAACCUCACUGCCCACCUCCGCAAGAAGCACCAGUUCAAAUGGCCCCCUGGGCACCCCCGAUUCAGGUAUAGAGAGCACGAGGACGGCUUCAUGCGUCUGCAGCUGAUCCGCUAUGAGAGCGUGGAGCUGACUGAGCAACUGAUGAGAGAGAGACCGGAGGGCCACGAGGGGGAGGGGGAGGACGCUGCCCGGACAGAUGUCCUGGGGCCUGGGGAGGAUGCCAGGGUAGUAGCACACUCCACGGAGGUACAGGUGGAGCUGAGAGGGGUGCUGUUGGAGGGGGAGCAGGGAGAGGGUGUGUUCUAUGAUUUGACUGGGGGGGACUCGUCUCGGGCGGGGGAGGACACUGUGAUCCUGCAGCUACAGGACACUGCUCAGCAGCUGGGCAUGCAGGUAGCGUGACCACUACAACCCCUCACAUGGACACGCUGCUCAUCUAAUGGCUCGUUCCUCUGAGAUUCUGAGCAGUGACACAGCACAGAGGCACCAGGGCUAAGGGAAGGACGGGAGAGCUUUACCGGUUUUUGAGCACACCUGUCUACUGAGUACGAGGAGGGGGGGAACUCUUCAAGGAUUCACAUGGUAUGGAUUGAAGUGAACAGUGGCUCCUAAAUAUUGGGAUUUAACCAGCAGGACUGGCCUUACCUGCCCUCACUGCAGGGGCCCACACUCCUCAUAGCACUCUGUCAGAAGAUAUGGAGGUGAUAUUGUGGAUGUGAUUUCUUGGGCUGUUUUCCAACGUCUGAUCUGCCGUUGUUGGCGACCGAGACAGUUGCUAUGUUUUGCAUUAUGAACAACUUUGAGCUGAAUGGACUUCAUAGUGAUAUACUAUAAAGCAGGAUCAAUGAGUUAGCCAGCUGACUAAGUAGUCUUAUAUAACUUGUUAUAUAUUUUUUGGUGGGGGGGGG